CACGAAAAUACCGCACGCAGUGCUGAUGAUUUAAAGUCGUGUCACUGCAAAAACAAAAUACGUUUUAUUUAUUUACUUCUAAAAUAAAAAAAAACUAUGGCAUGUAUUAUCCGAUAAAUCAAAAUUCUAUGUAAUAGUGUAAAAAAGUGUUUAAAAUUCGAUGUGCCAUUUUAAAGGGGAGUUCCUUCCUCUGUGAUUGACAAUACGUGAAGACUGAAAUUUUGAGGUUAGGUGGUCCAUAAUGGCUGGAUAUACAGGUCAAGAGAAUUACUGGUCUCAACCACAACAAAAUCAGUAUAAUUUCGAACCAUCUGGCUUUGGACAACCAGAUCAACAAUUUGAAUUUCAAUCAUAUAGUGAUCAACAGGCUGUUGAUUAUUCUUACUCCCAAAAGGCAUUUCUAGAUCCAUCGCAAAGUGCUUAUGGUAAUGAGGUUUACGGCCAGGAUAAUUAUGCUAAAGGUCCAACAGAUUAUACGGACGAGGAGAAUGAGCCACCGCUUCUCGAAGAAUUGGGAAUAGAUCCAGAUAGAAUUAUUCAAAAAACUCUGGCCGUAUUAAAUCCAUUUCAUCGACGUGGACAAACUGACGAUGCAAAUUAUCUUCUACAGGAUUCGGAUUUAGCUGGUCCAGUCGCUUUUUGCUUGAUUCUCGCUGCUUUUCUAUUAUUAGCGGGAUCGAAAGCACAUUUUGGUUAUGUUUAUGGAUUAGCAGUGACAUCCUGUCUUCUCAUGUAUUUUCUCCAAUUGCUGAUGAGUAGCACUGGUAAUAUUACACUUUCAUCUGUUGCAUCUGUUUUGGGCUAUUGUAUAUUGCCCGUUGUUGGUCUAGCUGGAAUUGCAAUUUUCACCACACUUCGUGGUCCAAUUGGUCUAAUUCUCUCAGCAAUGACAGUCGGUUGGGCCUCACUAUCAGCUUCGCGAUUAUUUUCCGCAAUGUCCGGCGAGGAUAAACAACGUUUACUCAUCGCUUAUCCAUGUAUCCUUUUGUAUGGAGUUUUUACCUUAUUAGUGAUAUUUUAAAAAAACGUCGUUAUAUUUCCAUAUAGAGAAUGUUUUAAUUUAUAUAAUUCAAAAAGGAGACAAUUUUUUUUAUCAGUUUAAUUAGCUGUUGUUAUCUACUUUUCCUUUUUUGCAAAAUAUUGGAAAAUUUCGUAAUGCCUUUUUAUUUUUGUAAAUAAAAUAAUGUUACAUGUACAAUAAUUGUCAUUUUUGGAAAAUUAAUAAAAGGGUAAACAUUGUUUUUGAAA